ACAAAUAUAGAACCGACAUGAUGAUUGGUUCCAUCCCGCUCCCGUUGCCCCUGCAACGGUAUGUUGACCGAAUUUGACGCUUGCAAGACCCCUUAAUCAUUUGGGCUAAUCACUGCCGCGACCAGCAAAAUCCUCUGCGGCAUGUGGCUCUGCACCGGCCUCUCCAUCACGGUCGCCACACUUUUACGCUGCAUACUGUGUCUCAAAGACGUCGAUUCGAUUAAUGUCGGCACCACUUGGUCCAUUCGGGAAACGUUCGUUGGGAUCAUCGCCGUCAACGUCCCCGUCCUCGGCCCAUGGAUCGCACGAACCGCCGUCCGCACCAUCAGCACCGCGAAGAGUUCCAGCGGGUUGAGGGGCGGUGGCGGCCGCAGCAACAUGAACUCGCCUGGCGCAAGCGACGCUCACAAGGGCGGCGGGCACCAGCUCUUGCGACUGGAGCGCCGGGCCAAGGAGAACCGGGUCCGACGCGGCAUGGGCUGGACGACCAUCGAGGAGAAUGGCAGCGAGGAGGGGAUCGUCAAGGCCGAGGACGAGCUCGAGUCACAUCAGAGGAAUCAUGGCGUUGAGAUCUCGGCGAGAAGUGAGGGCUCGACUGGUGGGAGCGCUAGUGAGGAGUAUGCCGAUGAUAUGCAAGGGAUUCGUAUCAAGAGGACAAAUGACCUUUGCACGAUGGCGUGAUGGAUGUACGCGGCAUAUUAGGAAGAGUUGCAAAACAGGCAAGGGACGCAACCAAACAAGGAGUGUGCUCCAGCAGCCAGUAAACCUAGAUGUAUUAUUAAUAUACAGAGGGAAAAGAGAUUGAAUUAACCAGAAUUUGAGUUGGCG